AUGAAAUAAUAAUAACAACAACUUAAAGGAAUACCAAACAUUAGAUCACAAUAUUAUGUAGCUGCUUAAGCCUUGAAUUCUUAAUUAUCUUCUAAGAUUAGCAAGACUAAAUCAAGUUAUAUUGAUGAUUCGAAUAAAAUCAAAGAUUACUCCUAUUUUUAAUUAUCUACACAGAAAACGUAACCAAAAUGCACAGUCAAAAGAGUAAAUGUAAGCUUAGAUUAACCAAAACAAGAUGAUCCAACAGUCCUCCCUCCAUUAAGAAAAGAAAUAUUGAGAUCAAGAUAAUCGUAACCUACUGUCGCUAAAAGCAAAUAAUAACAAAGAAAUAAUUCGCCUUUACUUCCAUUAGAAAGCUUACCUGCAAUGGAACCAUCAAAAAUUUCGCAAAAAAAUAUAGGGAUUGUAGCGUCAUAUGCGGCAAAUACUCACUAAGGCCUAGUGAGAUAAUAUAACGAAGACAGAGUUUCAAUUAUAUUAAAUUUAAUGAGGCCAAAUUCUAACACUAAUUAAGGAUAUUGGCCUUAGAGUUCAUUUUUCGCAGUUUAUGAUGGUCAUGGAGGACCAUAAUGUGCAGACUUUAUGAGAGACAAUUUACAUCAAUAUAUUAUCAAAGAGGAUUGUUUUCCCAAUAAUCCCCGACUUGCAAUAGAAAGAGGAGUCUCGAAGGCUGAGAAAACAUACUUAGAAAUGGCCGAUCAGAAAGUGUUAGAUAAAUCAGGAUGUUGUGCAGUUUUUGCAUUGUUUGUUGAUAACAAUUGUUAUGUGGCAAACAUAGGUGAUUCAAGGGCAGUAAUCUCCUAAGGGGGAAAAGGGAAAUCAAUAACAGUUGAUCACAAACCUUCUACUCAUGAGGAAUAAUAAAGGAUAAGUAAAUUUGGAGGAUAAAUUUAUUAAACAUAACUUUAAUAAUUAAAUGGAGAAAUUUAAUUAGGACCACAUAGAGUUUUACCUGGAAGAUUAGCGGUUUCAAGAACAUUUGGAGAUGCUGAAGCAAAAUUAACUAAAUAUGGAGGGAUUCCUAAUGUCAUUUCGGCAGAACCAGAUAUAUUUUAGUUAUAAAUCACGGAUUAAGAUUUCUUGAUUUUAGCAUGUGAUGGUAUCUAUGACAAAAUGAGUAGUGAAGAAGUUAUAUAAUGCGCUUGGAAUGUGCAAACAACAAACAUUCACAUUUUUGGAGGAAAGGCUGUGGAAGCCAUAAUGAGAUUGUCAUUAUAAAGGAAAACCUUCGACAAUAUAACUGCUGUAUUUAUUGGUUUUCCUUAACUCGAGAGAAAGUUAAAAAACAAAUCAUAAUUUUAACAAUGA